AUGCUUAUUGUAGGACGGGAGAAAGCGAUGAAGAGUGGGACUUUGCCGGAUGGUAGGACAAUCACCAAAUCGGAGGAAUCGAGCUCCGACACGCGGACUCUAUCACCCGGCACUGUGCACUCCUUAUCGCCCGAAAAGGAUGCACCACCUACGAGUGUGGAGAGCAAGAUCAACACACUGAAACGUACCACUGGCAACUCGGGGAUGUCGGCGGCAGUGGCACAAUAUGUGGAAGAGGAGGAAAAACGUCAAAAGACGAGUUCGUUCGACCUUGACCCCAUUUCGGCUUCAAGAUCACCUAGUGCCAAUUUCGAGCCUCCCUACAGCACUCGCUACGCCAAUCAUCGUUUCGCAUAUCGACGCGAAAAGACCUUUGAUUCUCUCCGUUCUGUAGCACCACCCUCCCGUUCCACUCUGAGACGUGAGAUGAGAGACGGCCUUACCGGCACGAGAGACCACUUCUCCACUUCACCGAUUAUUCCUCGACCUGGCUACACUUCGGGAAUUCUCUCUUCGCGUCCAGUUAGUCUUCCACGAGGAGUGAAUGGUGUCACCUCCACCACCUUUCCACCAUGGUCGUCUGCAGUGUCACCAGCUCAACGCAAAAUCUACGCGUCCAACACGUCAAGAACUCUUCCAGCCAAUACAACUUCUGGUCCACUAAGUGAUUCCAGGAAUGGGGCCUUUACGUUGACCACCUCAGGACUUUCAAUGAAUGGUAUGGCGGGUGCUACGGAGGCUCAACUGGCACAGCCCUUGACAACGUUGGCAACAAAUCGAGAUAGUCGUCGAGCGCGUUCUACGACACUCACUGGUGGUCUUCCACCACCCUCCAUUUCGGGUCUGCGUCCGGUGGGUCCCAGAAGCUACAAUUAUCUUGGAGGCACCUCCUUUGAACUCUCUCGUGGACGUCAAACAAAAGCUGCGGCAAUAAAUACAACAAAUGGUUGGAGGACUGCUCGAACGGCCUCCGAAAAUGCCCGGUUUAGUGCUAGAGGCGGAUCGAAUGCCCUUCUGGAUGACGAGUAUCCAGAUGUUCAGAGCUGGUUGAGACCAACCAAAUCGCAACAAUAUCAGGGGCAGAAGAUCUAUUCCUACGACCAGUUGAAGGUGUCCUCGAACGCCAACUUGAAGGGAAUCGAUGAAAGGCAUCGGGAGGAGUACCUUUCUGCGGAGGAAUUUGAGCGUCUCUUCAAAAUGCCCAAAACGGCAUUCCAACGUUUACCAGAGUGGAAGAAAAGUGAUUUAAAACGACGUCUUGAUCUCUACUGA